UACCCAUUUACCGUGCCUUUUUGUUUCAAUUAAAAAGUACAAGUAAUCUUACUUUCUUGUUAAACUUUCUUCAGUAAUACAAAAUACAUACCUAAUAAGUGAACUUAAUUGCUUCUUGGUUGAAUAAAAACGUCACUACAUUUAGUUUAUCGCUUAAAUCACCUUAGCGCAGUUUUGGUUUUUUCACUAUGAAUGCAGUGAACGAGCAGAAAACCGCUUCAUGUAAACACACUUUAGUGUCAAAAUGAUACUUUUAAAUGUUUCUAAUGAGCGUUUUGACAUGGUAACAAUACAUUAGUGUUGUAUUGUUGAAAUUGAAGGGAAAUUAUCAUAUCAUUCAAUCAUAAUAUGGAAAUAAUGAAAAAAUAUUCGAAGGCACACGGUGAAUGGAGCCCCCACGGUGAAUGGCGCCUUGACGGUAAACGAAUUUGUGACAUCAUGUAAAUUCACAUGAUUGGAAGAUUACAUGACUAAAGUUAAGUUUUCAUGGCAUGGAUUGUUCAUUAUUUUUGUUUGUUUGGUUGGGUUUUUGUCAGUUUUGGAAAAAGACAAUGAAAAUAAUAAAUUAUAUGGAAAAUCAUUGUGAGCUAGUAUGGAUGUCUAUUCAUUCCAUGUCAUGUAAAAAUAAAUCAUCAGUAUGUAAAUUUCUGUGAAUUGUCACGUGUUUGGUUCACUUUUUUAUUUAGAACACAGAUAAAAUUAAUGAGAUUUACACUCCAUGUAAACUUCAUUUUGGUCCUGUAAACUUAGUGUUAUAAUGGUUUACAUGAUACAUCAUGUAAAUUUGUGUUUUUUGUCAUGGAAACACUCAUAGUCAUGCUGAAUUACAUGACAUAUAAUGGAAGUUUACAUAAUAUUUAAUGACUUUUACAUGAUAUAUCAUGUAAACUUCUGAGAUAUCCCGCGCUCCAAUCAUGUGCAUUAUAUGUCACAGAAACACUUUUUUCGAUCUGUGAAGGUUUAGAACGAUUUAUUCGAUGUUUGUAUAAAAAUCUAGCAUUUUACUGCCUACCAAUCAUAACUGAAACACUUACCCUAAGUAUCUGUUUGGUUAUGGAUGGAGAAUUGUGCCAAAGAAAAACGUGACAAAAGAAACAAGUGAAUCCAGCUUUUGCAGAGCAAAUGCAUCGAUUUGUUUCCACCUAUAUUCCUAACAAAGUGUUACAGUAAUGCUUAUAGUGUGACCGGCUAGGCUCAGAACAACGUGCUCAGAUCAGUCAGAUUCGAAUCCAAUCGUGGCGGGCGCCGUGUGUGUCAAUUCUGCGCAUAUCAGUCAAUGGAGGAGCACCUCGCUGUCUUAUCAACGCAUUUGUUGCUGGUGAGGUGAUAGUUGUUGCGCUGCGGUACGAAAUUGGGACUAACGAAAUAUUCUGCUCGUGUAAUCUGCGCUGCGCACCCGAAGAGAUGUGGGCCUACAAUGUAUUCAUUGCAUUGUUGCGGGUAAAAAUUGGAUAAAACCGCAUGGACGCCUUUUCUACGAAACGUAAGCAGCAUUACACAACUGGUGACUUCCACUCGCCAGCCCCAUAUUCUAAACAGACGCAGAGGAAACGGAACGGACUCUCCAGACAGGAGGUUUUCCGCAUGCUAGCCCCCCAACUAGACCCAUUAUCAAGGCGUAGUAAUCGCCGUAAUCUCGAACAAUGGAUAUCGUUAGAGUCUCCAAUAGUAGUAAUAUCAACGAUAGCGCCAAUAUUGGCCAACAGCUACAGCAACAGCAGCAGCAGCAGUACCAACAGUCCCCUAAGACCGCCAACGGUCAUGCUAAACCGAAGGACCAUACCAGGAAUGGCUUGAACAACCAUCAACAGCAGUCAACGAAUAACAACAGCCAAAGCAAUCACUUCUCCUCUACAUCGACACCGAAGCAAUCGCCGAGCGGACAGCUGGCUACGCUCGGGUCCGCCGUGUCAUCGUCCGGCGGUUCGUUCGGUGGUUCGGACGGACUGCACCAGACGUCCAGCGACUCCGGUAACAGUUCUUGCGUCAGUGGUAGUGCCGCGACGGAUGACCCAGAGACAAAGAAUACUAGCUUUGUGAGUGGUGACAAAGUCACGGAAGCUACGCAAGUGAUCGCCGGGGGUGAUGACGAAGAAGAAAUUUGUGCUGGGGGUGAGCGGGAAUCGCUUCUGAAAGGGAACAUUUACGUGAAUAAGAUUUACGACGAUGGCCACGUUGAGCGGGAAGACGAAGGCAUUGAGUGCGAUCGGUUGAAGAAAUUGGCGGCGACGCGAGAUGCCCGGGGUAGCUCGACGGAAACCGAUGAAAAUGCGGAAGACGUGAAACCUUUGCUGAAAGUGAACGUGGAAAGUGAAAAACGCAAACCGAAAAGUAUUGUGAAGAGUCCUUCGAAUUUAAGUUUCGGCAAGGAAUUGAACGGUGGGAGUGGUCAGAAGCAACGGCUUAAUCUACAGUUUCAGUUGCCGGUCGAAACGGUGAUCGACGAUCGUCCGGUUGUUCACCAUGUGCAGUUCAGUAAGCCGGAGAACGGGUACUGUUGCCGCGGUUCCGGCGCCGAGCAGGAUCUUGGCAGUGUAGGUGGCAACAAUAACAACAAUAAUAAUGGCAGCGGCAAGCAGCCGAUGUGUUCCAGUCCGGUGGGCAGCAUAUUGUCGCAGGAGUCUGGUUCCGGGUCGAGCACGUCUUCCUCCUCGAAUGAGAACAGUUCGCUCGGUGGAUAUGCUGAAGCACGGCCUCCGGAUGGGGGCUGGGGUUGGGUAGUGUGCUUUGCUUCGUUUAUGGUGAAUUUGAUUGCCGAUGGAGUGACGUUCAGCUUUGGCGUGCUGUACGUGGAGCUGUUGAAUUAUUUUGGCGAAGGCAAAGGUAAAACCGCCUGGGUUGGAUCGUUGUUCAUGGCCAUGCCACUGCUCUCUGGACCGGUGGCAUCGUUUCUCACGGACCGGUACGGCUGUCGGAACGUUACCAUCGUGGGAUCCAUCUUAGCAUCGGCCGGGUUUGCCAUCUCUGCCUAUGCGGAAUCGAUCGAAAUGCUGUACUUGACGUUCGGUGUAUUGGCCGGCUUCGGGUUGAGCCUGUGCUACGUGGCCGCCGUAGUCAUCGUGGCGUACUAUUUUGACAAGAAGCGUUCGUUUGCGACGGGACUGUCGGUUUGCGGUAGCGGUAUUGGAACGUGCAUCUUCGCCAAGGUGACUCAGAUUCUUCUGGACGAGUACGGGUGGCGCGGGACGACGCUCAUUUUGGCGGGUAUUUUUCUCAACAUGUGUCUUUGUGGCCUUCUGAUGCGCGACCUCGAGUGGACGACGCACAAAUCGAAACUCAAGCGGAAACAGAAGGAAGCCGAUUCGUACUCGGUGAGCAACAGUACGAAUACCGCGGGGACGGCUAGCAAUCUGAACGCGGUGGAUCCUGCGGCUGGCGGAGGUCUUGUUGGUGGAGCUAACGAGAAUGUACACCAGGGAGCUAAAGGCGACCAGAUGAUCGAUCCGAAUGAUCCACGGUUGUUCAGCUCGUUGAUAACGCUGCCGACCUUCAUCAAGAACGGGGAGAAAGUUCCCUACGAAGUAUUAGAAUUACUCUACAAGCAUAGAAAUGUGCACGAGCAUGUUUUGCAAAAUUAUCCUAAUCUGCUACAUUCUCGUAGCUUCAGUGAACCUCUAGCACCUAAGAGCAAUGAACUUUCCCCGGAGAAGGCUGGCAACCCGGACCAAGUAGUAUCUCCCAGUUCCCAGGAGCACCGCCAGCUCAAUCUUCCGCCGGGUGACGACGUCGAACACAACCACCAUCCGUUCCUGCGUCGGACGCACAGUCACAGAACAACGGGCCUGCGGACGCCAACGACCGCCUAUCUCAAGGAUCUCCGAAUGCACCGGCAUUCUUUAACAUACCGUGGAGCCAUGCUGAAUAUCCAGCGCUACCGCCUACGGGCUUCGUCCUGUCCGGAUAUCUACCGGAACUCGAUGACAACGAUCGCUAAGGAAAAGACCGCUUGGUAUCAGGGAAUAGAUGAGUUCAAAACACUGCUGGUCAGUAUUUUGGACUUGUCAUAUUUCCGCGAUAUCCGGUUCCUACUGUUUGCGAUCUCGAACUUCCUGCUGUACACGUGGUACGAUGUGCCGUACGUGUAUCUGACCGAUAAUGCCACGGAGAUGGGCUUCACGGCGUCACAAUCGUCGAUGCUGAUUUCUAUUAUCGGUAUUGUUAACAUGGUUGGAGAGAUCGUCCUUGGCUGGAUGGGCGACCGGAAGUCCGUCAAUGCUAACUUCACGUACGCGGUUUGUAUGGGCUUGUGUGGACUGGUGACCGCUUUGGUGCCACUGUUCACCGAUUACACGGCCCUAUCCUUUUUGGCCGGCGCUUUCGGGUUGUUCAUUGCCGCCAACUACUCCCUCACAAGUAUUAUCCUCGUUGAGUUGAUCACACUGGAGAGGUUCACCAAUGCCUAUGGAUUGCUGCUUCUGGUGCAGGGUGUGGCCAAUCUCGUUGGGCCACCGUUAGCUGGUUGGAUUUCGGAUAUUAUGGAGAGCUACAAUCUGUCCUUCUACCUGGCGGGUAUGUUCAUUGCGUUAUCGGGGCUCCUACUGCUGGUUUUGCCCGCCAUCGGAAAGUACAAAAAGUACAACCAAAGACGCGUUUCGAAGGAGAAGAGUGCCGGCUUCGACGGCUAUGGGAUGAAUAAUUUGACGCUAACAACGGCCGGUACCAAAUCGAAUGGCGCCGCAGUGCUUUUGACGGCCGACUGCUUCGCACAGGAAAAGCUCAUAAAGGAGGGAGCCAGCGUUUGAAGCGUUAGAGCAUGUGGCGCGUGUGGUGAGUUUGUCAUAGCUCCCGUAUCUCACCUCAGCUAAACGAAUUCAAAUGCAGUCACGUGGUUAUAGCGCUUUGACCGUUUACAAUUUGUAUCGUCGACACACGGCUGCUAGCAGCAGCCAACAUUAGAAAAGCUUCCCACACGCGUAGAUUUUAGUUCAAAAGUUAAAUGUGAUCAAACGAGUUAAACUCAGGCCAUACGUUUUAUUUUUCGUUUGCCAGGCGAGAAUGUGUUUCCAACCUUUGAUUUUGUUUCGGUUUUACGUGACUUUUUUCGGUUUGAGAUUUAAAUUUUACAUCUGCGAUUGGGCCUGACAGCUUCCGCGAAAUCGUUCUUAACACAUUUCUUUAGGAAAAUCGAAAACACAUUUAGAGAACAAGAAAUAAACUUUGGAUAAUAACUAACAAAACUAGGAUUUAGGGCGAUUCGAUCGACCUCCGUUGUUGGUCGAAGUGGCACACAACAUACAUCUGGAUUUAGGAUGACAACCGAUAUCUUCCCCUCUAUUUCACCAUCAAUUAGGUUACAUUCACACGUAUAAUGCCAACGAUUCUAAAUUAAAGUGUUAACGUUUGGAGGCUCAAACUUUUGAGUCAGCAGUUCUCACACGGAAUUUGUUUCCAAGAUUAGAAAUCCCAAGAAAAAUAUGGCUAAGUUAUGGUUCGGUGUUCAUGAACUAAUGUAGUCAAUCAAGUGCAUCAAAGUUAGAAGAAAAUAACAGUCAUCGAAUGUCGCACUGCAAUAUCAAAGAAGAACCACACUUGACUCAAGCUUUUACACAAAUGAUAAAUCUUUUCAAUCUGCACUUGACCACAAAGAACAGACAUUCAAGCUAUAUAUAUUCAUUACCGAUUUCAUCAUGGAUUUAUUUAUUUUUAUUCGAUUGACUGUUGAACACACUGUCACACACAAACAGAUAUUCCAGAACUUUCUUACGAUAACAACGCCAAAUUCAUGCUAAGUACGGUCAACUGGUGAGAGGUAGUUCCACAAAAUACGAAAUGCUACUGAGUUUAUCACAAGGACAACAUAAUACGCUCAGAAUACGCUUAAGGCUGUGUUCGUUAACACUUCAGUAGCCACGCUGUUGUAUUUUGAACAACACGUUGAUGAAAGCUCGCUCGGUACACUAGGCCUCAGUGUGGCGCUGCACGUCAGUGGUCAAGCUCGUGACAGCCGGAGGUUAAAUAAAAGUCAUAACAGUCAUAAAAAGAUCUUUGGCAGCAUUCAUUUAUUACGUAACGCUAAAAUCGGCAUUUUUCGAACCCCCCUCUCCCCCUCCGUAACGCUCUUUUGUAUGAAACCCCGACCGUAACGCCCGACGAUACUUCCGCCCUUCCCCUAGAGCGUAACUUAAUUUGUGGAUGGCGCCUUUUCGAUUUUAAGUCUAUGUCGGUGGGAUAAUCUUCUUCGGUAUCUUUUGCACAAAGCCUUCUGUCUGGGCAGGUGCACAGUAACUAACUGUAGUUGGAUUGAUAUACUUUGAGAACAGUAAUAUAAUAUGUACUUGUAUCAUGGUACACGUUAUUUAGAUCUCCAAGUCAACAGUGAUACCAGUACCUGUCCAAGAAAUUAACCUUAUGUGCAGGGCGCUUGCAUCAGAAUAUUCCAGAUUCAUUUUUUACAUAUCCGGAGAUUCCUACGUUUAUUCUUUCAAAGAUUUCUGUGGGAAUAUCUAAGGUAAUUCUACCAGAGAUUUUUUUGAAAAGCUUCCAAAGAUUUAUUUGAGAUGUGCAGCAAAGAUUUCUUCAAGAAUUUCCCUAAAAAUGUCUUUCUUCAUUUCACUAGGAGUACCUAUUUUCGAAAAUUUAUUCGAAGAUUUCUGAAAAAAAAAAUACUUCAGCGAUAAAUUCGCCCAUUUCUCCAGAUAUUCUUUCGAGAAUUCAUUUUUAAAUUCCUAUGGAAUUUUUUCCAAUGAAUAUAUCCAUACUUCGUACUUAAUUUCCUUCGAGAAUUUCGCCACAGUUUCCUUCAUUUAUUCCUCCAGAUAUUGUUCCAGGAUUUUUUUUAUUUCAAAUGCAAUUUUUUGUAUUUCUCCCAUAGGAACUCCUCCAGAGAAUAAUUGCUUCUCGGAUUCCUUCGAGAUUUUAUUAACAAAACUGUUUUGUUCAAACCUGCUGAAAUUUCUUAGGAAAUAUUUCAAAAAAACACUGCCGAGAUUCAUUCAAAAAUAUAUCCACAGAUUCCUACGAAAAUUUUCAAGGAACAUUCUGUGUUCAAUCCUCUAGAAAUUCUUCCAAAAUGUCUGGAGUUAUACUCCCAGAAGUCUUUCGUAGAGAUUCCUGAAAGAAUUACUCCAGACAUUCCUUCGUUUGUUUCUGCAGCGAUUCAUAUUGAAAUUUUUUCGGGAUUCAUAUUGAGAUUUUUCGGGAACUACUCCGGUGAUUCAUUUGAGAAUCGAUGCACGGUUUUUUUUUCAAGAAUAAAAAAAAUGUUUAUUUUUCCAGAAAUGUUUUCGAAAAUUUAUUCAAAGUGAGAGACUUCAGAUAUUUUCAUAAAAAAUUCUCCAAGAUUUGUUUUGUAAAUUCCUCAGAAGACUAUUUCGUAAAAAUAUCCUUAGACUACUUCUGGAGUUUUCCCACAAAAAAUUUCGUGCUUUCCUCAAAAGAGAAUUUUAAUAAUUAUUUUGAAAAAUCCCGCAAUUUCUCUCAGACAAUCUUUCGAAAAUUAUCCUAGAAAAUCCUAACAAAAUGUUUUCAAAGUUUCUUCAAAAUGUCUCCCACUAAUUCCUUAAUUCAUUCGUUCAGAUGUUUCUUCGAUAUUUUUUCCAGUAUUUGCUAAAAAAAAGUUUCUCUAGAGGGUACAUCUGAAUUUCUAGAUAGAUUGCUUAGGAAAUUCCCGCCAGAAAAUGUUCGGGAAUUACUCCCGUGACUCAUUUGAGAAUUGCUGCACAAAUUACUUCAAAAAUUCAAAUAAAAUUAAUUUCUUCAGAUUUUCGGAGACAUUGAAAAUGUAUUUAAAGUUUUUUAUGAGACUUGCUUAAGAGAUUCCUUUAUUUAGUUUUUCAGAUUUUCCCUUGGGGUUUUUUUCUAGGAAUUUUUUUGUAAAUUUGUUAGGAAGCUUUUUCUUAGAAAAUAUCCUUAGAUUCCAUUUGGAGUUUUCCUACUAAUUACUAAUUAUUCUGUCCUCCAGAGAGUAUCUUGAGAAUUCAUUCUAAAAUCUAAAAUUUUGAUUCAGAAGCUCUUUCAGGAUUACAUCCUGAGAUAUUUCGGAGAUUCUUUCAAAAAUAUAUCCACAGAUUCCUUCGAGAUUUUUUGAAGAACAUUCUGUGUUCAAUAUUCCAGAAAUUCUUCCAAAAUGUCUGGAGUUAGUCUUAUGUACAGUUUGCUGAAAGAAUUACUCCAGACAAUCUUUCGUUUGUUUCUGCAGAGAUUCGUAUGGAAAUUUCUCCAGAGAUUUACCGGGAACUACUCCAGUGACUCAUUUGAGAAUUGAAAAAUAAAAAAAAAGUUUAUUUCUCCAGAAAUGUUUUCGAAAAUUUAUUCAAAGUUUUCCGCGAGUGGCGGCACUGUCACAUGUGUUCAAAAUCGUAUGCUCAUUUUGCCACCUCUUUGCAUCUGGUCAUCGAUUGGCAGUCCACAGUUAAAUCACAAGCGAUUAGAAUACGAUCGGUAAGUUGUGAUGAGCACUCGUGAGGUGAAAUUUUGCAACAUUGCUGAAGGCAUUCCUCCACAGAUUUCUUCGGGGAUUGCUUUGGAGACUCCUUCGAUUCUUUAUUCUCAUAUUCAUGGCUCCAGAGAUUCUUUCAAGAAUCCCUAAAAAGAUUCCGAUGGAAAUCCAUUCGGGAAUUGCUCUGGAGACUAUUUUGAAAUUUCGUCCACAAAAUCAAUUGGAAAAUUAUUCACAUAAUUUUUCGAAAAAUCCUUCAAACAUACAAUUAAAAUUUUUUUCCGAACUUCGUUCGGGAUUUCAUUGCAACAUUUUUUGGGAAUUUAUCUAGCAAUAUCUUCAGAAAUGUCUCCAGAAGUUUCUUCACUCAUGCCUCCUGAAUUUUCUUGUAAUUCCUCUUUAUGUUCAUUUGAGAAUAGCUCAAAAUAUCUAAGAAAUGUUAUAAUAAUUUCCGAAUGUUCUUGUGGCCAAUUCUCGAGAAACAAGAGGGUUUUCGAAACAACUUGAUUUAAUUCUGGAACGCAUCUCAUGAGAGAAAUUUCUUAUGCCAUUUAAGAAUGCGCUGUAACAAAUUAUAGAAUUACUGGAAAUAAUAUGGUAAAACAUUUGGGGUGUUUCAUACGGAAUCCCAUGGAACUUUUUGUGCUGUUUUAGGAGGAAAAAAACAUUUGACGCUUUUUUGCACAUUUUGCCUGCAUUUGGGAAUAUAAUUUGUAAGCUUUUUCAAACAAAGUUCCUGUCUGAAUGUCCAGUGAAGUUCAUGUUGUAAUUCAUCUAACAGAAAAACUCUAGGAAUCAUUCUGAUGGAACUCGAGACAGAAGAAUUUUUAAUGGAGAUGCCAGUGUUGUUUUUUUCCCUGAAUGACUUUUAUCUGAUUUCUUGGAAAAUUUGAAUACCAGUUUGAUGGUAGAACUGUUAAAGCAAUUUCUAGAUUAUUUUUUCAAGAGUUUUGACAAAAAUCAUGCGCUUUUCCCUUAACAACUUUUGUAUUUUUAAAAUUACAUAAUCUACCUAUAGCAGGUAUCAGGUAUCAGAAGGCCGGCUCCAGAGGCACGUUAUCCUCCAUUUGGGACAUUUGUGCCAUCGCCAAAAUAACAGCCUAUUUCAUCAUCUACCUGAGGGAAAAGGAAGGAAAAAGGAUUUGGAUGAGGAUAGGGACAGGUAGGGAAAUAGGAAAAAUACCCUGGAAGAGGGUACUAACGCACAAGCGUACCACAAUGGGUUCAAACAGCGCCCUGAAAAGGGCACUGUAAUAACGCAUAAAGCGAAAGAGAGCCUAUAGCUCUUUACCACAGCGGGUUAAGAACAACAGAAUAUCCUGAAGAUUCAGGUUUCUGAAGUCAGUUUCACUUAAUAAGUGUUUACCGAAUACUCGGAGACGCAGUUGCGCGAAAACUGGACAGUUACAUAUCAAAUGAUACGAAGUUCCAUAAUCGGAUUCACAGCUAUCACAGGCAAAUGAAUCAGCUUGCUGAAUAUUCGCCAUGUGAUAGCUGAGUCGGCAGUGGCCAGUCAAUGCUUUGACCAGCAUGCUGCAAUUCUGCUUAGACAGAUUAGUUAGAUACUUCGCCACCCGUAGAGAUGGCUCAGCACUAUACAAUUUGGUUUGACGACAUGACUCCAAACUAUUCCAAUAUUGUCUGUGUUGAGUGACAGCCCAGGUGUGAAUCUGAAGCUUAAUCCAACACUUCGAUAUCGGAAUAGCUGGCUCAGGGCCAAUGAAGUCAUGUGAUGCUCCAGAGCGAGCUAACUCAUCAGCCAAUUCAUUUCCAGCGAUGGAAGAAUGACCAGGUACCCAUACAAGGUGAACAGCGUUUGCUGAAUUCAGCUCCUCGAUUUGAGUUCGACAAGCGAUAACUAUCUUCGACCUGGAGUUGGCCGAAGCAAGUGCUUUAAUAGCAGCCUGGCUAUCUGAACAGAAGUAUAUUACUUUGCCCAUUACGUGCUGCUGAAGUGCUGAUUGCACUCCGCACAUAAGAGCAAAGAUUUCGGCCUGAAAAACGGUACAGUGUCUACCAAGUGAAUAAGACUGAUACAGCCUUAGCUCACGAGAAUAAACACCAGCACCUGCUCGACCUUCGAGAAGGGAGCCAUCAGUGUAACAUACGAUGCCGUCUGAAAUACUUCUUUCCAGAUAACCAGAUGUCCACUCUUCCCGGGAAGGGAAUUUCGUGGAAAAUGUCCUAUAUGGAAAAUUACAAGCAAUUGUAAGAUCACUUGGAGCAAGGACAAUUUUGUCCCAAUUCACCAAAAGUGGAAACAACGAGGUGUGUGUUGAACUGCGGUUCACAGGAGUUUCCUCUAGUAGACCGAGUACCCGUAACCGGUAAGUGCAAGAAAGGGCUUCUUGUUUGAGAUGAAUGUGUAGUGGGGCAACGUCAAAGAGAACUUCUAGCGCUGCCGUAGGAGUUGAAGAGAACGCUCCAGACAUCGCCAUUAAGCACAUCCUUUGGAGAUGGCCUAAUUUUGAUUGGACCGUUCUCACUUCACCCUUAUGCCACCACACAAGACAUCCAUAAGCCAAUAUUGGCCGAACCACAGUUGUGUAAAUCCAUUUGAUAUACUUGGGUUUUAGACCCCAAGUUGUACCAAAAGUACGCCGGCAUUGCCCGAAGGCCAUACAAGCUUUCUUGAUUCUGAACUCAAUGUGAGGUGUCCAGGAAAGCUUGGAAUCAAGAAUGACUCCAACGUACUUUACCUGUUCAGUCACAUCGAUUUCAGAAUCAAAGAGACGCAAAGGUCGAACGCCAUUACGGUUUCGCCUUUCCGUGAAAAGAACAAUAGAUGUUUUACUCGGAUUAACCGAAAGGCCAUAUUGGCGACACCAACCCUCAACUACCUGAAGGGCGUUUUGCAUCAGGUCGAAAAGGGUGCUGAUGCACAUACCAACUAACAAUGUUAGGUAGUCGUCGGCAAAACCAUAAGUAGGAAAACCGCUAUUAUUGAGUUGCCUCAAAAGCGUAUCUGCUACGAGAUUCCACAAAAGCGGUGAUAAGACUCCCCCUUGGGGGCAUCCACAAACACUCAAUUUCCUAAUCCCUGCUAGACGCAAUGUCGAGAAGAGAUAUCGGUUUUUGAGCAUUUGGUGAAUCCAAUUGGAAAUCAUUGGAGAUAUACCAUGACUCCGUGCGGCUUCCAAUAUGGCAUCGAAAGGCACGUUGUCAAAGGCACCCUCGAUAUCUAAGAAAACACCCAAACAAGAUUGCUUUUGAGCGAAUGCUUUCUCGAUAUCGUAAACAACCUUGUGUAAAAGAGUCACAGUGGACUUACCAGAUUGGUAGGCAUGUUGGUUCACAUGAAGAGGCACGUUGGCCAGAUGAACAUCACGGAUGUGAUGAUCCACAAUGCGUUCUAAGCAUUUCAGAAGAAAAGAGGUCAAACUGAUAGGUCUGAAACUCUUUGCUUCUUCAUACGACGCACGACCCACUUUCGGAAUAAACUUUACAGUAAUAUCCCUCCAGGAUUUGGGAAUAUACCCUGUAGCAAAACUGCAAACAAGUAGUUUUUUCAAAACAUGUUUGAAAUAAUCAAAUCCCUUCUGAAGCAAAAUAGGAUAAAUCCCAUCUGCCCCAGGAGAUUUGAAAGGAGCAAAGCUAUUAAGAGCCCACUCAAUCGAUUCUAUAGUUACAAUACUCCGAGCCGAAGCUAAAGAAUCAUAACUACAAGAAAAGACAUCAGGAUCAUCCGAAGAUGUAAUAUCCACACAUCCAGGGAAGUGUGUGCUGAAUAAGCAUUCUAGAACUUCCUCAUCAGAGGAAGUCAGAUCGCCAUUUGGCAAACGAAGUUCGUUCACCCGGAAAUCCUUAGAUUUCGCAAGGAUUUUGUUUAACCGACUGACUUCACUCAAGCUGGAAACAUUUGUACAAAGGUUUUUCCAGCCGGAUCGUUCAGCAGACCGGAGAGCUUUCCUGUAGGCCUUGCGAGCCGACCUGAAAGCCUCCGAACCAGCCGAACGUCGUCUGUUCCAACUCUUUCUACAUUGUUUCCUGAGUUUCGCCAGAUCGGAGUUCCACCAAGGGGUUCCUCUUGUGAUCUUCACAGACCGUAGAGGGCAUGCUUCUUCAAAAGCUUCCAUGAUGAAGGUCGUUGUAGUAUCAACGGCAUCAUCUAAAUCACUUGGAGUGUCAAUGGAUGGUGAAUAUCCAUGAAAUUUGGCUGCAACCAAAUCAGUAUAAAGAUCCCAGUUUGUUGACCGAGGAUUCCUGAAACGCAAUGUUUGCGAAGUAACAUUUAAAUGUUCAAAAAAGAUAUAGCGAUGGUCAGAUAAAGAUUCUUCAUCUGACACAUGCCAAUUGGUCAGCUCGUGACUAAUUCUGCUAGAGCAAAGCGUUAUAUCUAACACUUCCUCUCUAGCAGAUACCAUGAAGGUUGGGCGGUUGCCUAUGUUAAGUAAUGCAAGAUCUGUACUACUUAAGUACUCCAUCAAACUGGAGCCUCUCAAGUUAACGUCUGAGCUGCCCCAGAUGAUAUGGUGAGCAUUAGCAUCACUGCCAACAAUUAGCGGAAGGCCUUUUGAAGUGCAGUAUGCGAUGACUUGUUUGAAAGCAUCCGUAGGGGAUGGUUCAUCAUGUGGUAAAUACACAGAACAAUAGACGUAUUUCCUGUUGAGGUUUCCAACAGAUACAUCAAUUGUGAUAGCACAUACAUCUCUGGUGGUUAGUUCAGAGAUGAGUGUAGCAACUAUUGCGUUGUUGACAAGCACACAGGCUCGAGGCAUGACACGCGAGUUUGCCAUUUCAUGUUUACUGAAAGUGGCAAACACCGGGUUCACAAGGUUUCCUAGAUAGAAAUUUCCCUUACGAAAGUAAGGUUCUUGUACCAAGGCCACUUGGGCUGUACCAUUUUGCAUAAGUCUGCAAAGAUUGAUCGUUGCUGUUCUUUUAUGCUGAAGAUUGAUCUGAGCUAUCCUAACCGUAGCCACUACCCAAACUAGGUAAGAUUAAACUCUUCGCAACAGCAGCACAACAAAGAACAGCAACAAUAAAACCAAAUCGGUAUCGAUUGGAAAACGCCAAAGGCGAGGAUACACAGAAUACACUGUGUAAAUCGCAUAAUGCGAAACCAUAUAGGUGAAAAUUUAAACUAAUUAACAACAUCUUCAUAAUCCCGCCCUUAUUUAGCCUCAAGUGAAACUAAAGAAGGGCAGCUGAUUGUCUCGGAGAAACACAAGGUCCACUGCACCAUUGCUCCGGUUAGCGCAGUAAGGGCUACAUACUGUGGAGGGCGCCCUGGUACUCCACAGGCUCCGUUAGCGGUUAGGUUUUUAUUAGACCCCCCUAGCCAUUCAUUCCUAGGCACGGUAAGCAUAAAGCCGCAUCACACCAUGAAUUAGGGGUCACCUGUUGGUGGAUUCUUACCACCGGAACAGGCGGUCCGUAGUGUUAUUCUUAGCCAAUUGAGACAAUCGCUACCGACACUACACAGCUAUCUAGGCUGAUCGAGAAAAGAAGUUAAUAUUGAUGAUCAACUUCAUACGGACUCGAACAGCCGUAGAAAAACUCUAGGAAUCAUUCUGAUGGAACUCGAGACAGAAGAAUUUUUAAUGGAGAUGCCAGUGUUGUUUUUUUCCCUGAAUGACUUUUAUCUGAUUUCUUGGAAAAUUUGAAUACCAGUUUGAUGGUAGAACUGUUAAAGCAAUUUCUAGAUUAUUUUUUCAAGAGUUUUGACAAAAAUCAUGCGCUUUUCCCUUAACAACUUUUGUAUUUUUAAAAUUACAUAAUCUACCUAUAGCAAGCAUUUGUGGAAAAACCCAGGAAGAAUUUUUGUUUCUAAAUAAAUCAUUAAGUAUUUUAGAGAGUUCCUGGAAUAUUCAGAAAUUCAGGUGAAAUUGCGUCUAAAGAAAAAAAGAAAAAAAACUUGAUGAUAUUUAAAAAAUGAAUAGUAGUAUUCAUGGAAGAAAAAAUAGCUGGCGAUGGUAUUUGGAAAUUUUUAGAAAAUAUCACGAACAAAAACCCAAUUAAUCACGGAUUUUAAACCCGUUUCCAAUGAUUAUUUUUAAGUUCAGAAAAAAUACAUAAACCAGAUUAGGAAACUUGAAUAAAGCAGGGGAUUUUUUUUGCAAACUACCAAUCAAAACAUAUUAAAAAAAACAUGACAACUAAACUUUUGUAAAAAAAACCCUAAUUAAUCCACCUAGCGGUGAUGGCGCCUUUCUCGUGCCUUCGAAACUCCAUUUCAAUAAAACUCAAGCGAAAUGUUGAUGUAUAUCGCACUUUCAUACAAUUAACAGAAAUCCAUUUCAUGAUACCAGAAAUCAUAUCGGUUAUCUGGCUUUUAAUGUUUGAACCUCAAACUCUUAAGCAAAAGACGCUAUCUUGACUUUGAAGCUGCCAUUUAGGAUUUAAGAUUGCCAUUUGAGAUGUUCUGGUCGCCAUUUUUUGUCCAGGCAUCUUCCUUUAUGAAAAAUAUACUUCAUUAAACAGCCGCCAUCUUGAUUUUGGACCAACAUAUUGGAUAUUCAAGUCGCCAUUUUUGGAAUCCAGACAUCUUCCCCUUACCAAAUAUACCAAAAAUGCAUUUCUUCAGGCCCUAAAACUCCAUUAAAGAGCCGCGAUUUGAAUUCAGAGCCGCCAUCUUAAAUUUUAGAUCGCCAUCUUGGAUAUCCUGAUCGCCAUUUUGGACUCUGGAAGUCUUCCCCAUGCCAAAUAUACCAAUAUUGCAUGGUUUUAGAGCCUAAAAUUUCAUUAACCGUUAUGUGUCCGACAAACUUUUUGCUUUUUUUCUACACCGUGCUUUUUAAAUGGGCGCUGGGUACCCGGGUACCCUGUCGGCCACAUAAGGGUUAAACAGCCGUUAGAGCCAUCUUGGAUUUUAGAUCGCCAUCUUGUACAUUAUGGUCGCCAUUUUUUGACUCCGGACAUCUUUCCCAUACCAAAUAUACCCAUAUUGCAUGGUUUUAGAGCCUUAAACUUCUUUGAACAGACGCCAUCUUGAAUUUGAAGCCACCAUCUUAGAUUUCAGAUCGCCAUCUUGGAUAUUCUAGUCACCAUUUUAGGAGUCCAGACAUCUUCCACAUAUCAAAUAUUCCCAUAUAGCAUGCUUUGUGGGCUUCGUGGCCGAGCGGUUAGAGGCGUCAGUCGUUUAGGUGUCUCGUAAGCCUAGGAGUGAGGGUUCGAUUCCCGCCCUAGUCGGAGAAAACUUUUCGUCAAACGGAAAAUUUUUCACUGGGCCACUGGGUGUUAUAUGUGUUGUCCGUUGUUAAAUGUUAGUAGUGUUCAGUCUGUAGAGGCCGCAAGGUCGAAGACGGUGUAAUUGUCUUUUUUUUAAGAGCCCAAAUCUCUAUCAAACAGCCGCCAUAUUAAAUUUUGAGCCACCCCCUUAAACAUUUGGCUGCCAUCUUGAAUUUUCGGCCGACAUCGUAGAGCUUCUGGUCUCCAGUGUUGAUUUCCGCACAAAACUCGUCAACCAUGUUAAAGGUUACAAAAAUCGCCGCAGUUUGAUGUAUCGCAUGAUGGGGCUAGUUCAGUUUUAUAUACGACCAGUUUUACCGGUGCUGGUCCGGAUCACUGAAAUGGCCAUAACUCCGGAACGCUUUGGCCGAUCUGGACCAUUUUUGAUAACAAACAAUUCCGGUUAGAUUCAAGCUAUAAUCCGAAAAAUCGGCCAAUGGGAAAUGCCUUAAAAGUGAGUGAACUUAUUUUGCGCACAUACAUACAUACAUACACACAUACAGACAUAAUCUUAAUUCGUUGAACUGACUUGAUUGGUAUAUGCGACUUGAUCCUCCGAGCGCUUUUUUUCGAAAAAUCGUUUUUUGAGUGAACAUAUAAUUUACUAAGUGUACGAGAAAGGCAAAACACUACUUUCGAGCUUUUUAGCUUUAGUUAUCUAUUUAAACCAAUACAUUCCAAGAUCUUUUUUGGUUGCAAAUAAAUAAUCUCUCAAAUGCGAUAAGUUUGACCAUGUUCAAGUUAUGGCCAGUUUGAGACAAGCAAAGUCAAAAACAUGUAAAGUUCAAUUACUACGUAACGGUUGAGAUUUGACCAUAUGCGUAAAACAUUUUUUACACCGGUCUGAACCUGUUUGCUUGCUAACGUUCAUGAGGUUAUCAAAAAUCCUAGCUUUGUUGUGUCGCAUAUAUUUAGCCGCUUUCGGAGGGACACUCGGAACUGCUUACGGCACUACCGGCUGUCCCUAAUGUGGACCUAUUCCUUUGAUAACCAGUCAUCAGGUUAUCAGAAAAGCCGUUCUUUGUUGUAUCGCAUGCAUGGGUAAGGUACUCUUUUUUAUUUGGCCACAUCCGUCGGGACCCCUGGAACCGGUUCCGGACAACUACCGGUUCAGACAUGGUCUGAUACUGUUUUCCUGCUAACCGUUAAUCAGGUUAUCGAAAAUGCCGCUGUUUGAUGUGUCGCAUGCAUGGGUUUGGUUCACUUUUAUAUUUAGCCAUUUCCGGAGCAACACCCGGAACUGGUUCCAGAAUACAACCGGCUGUCUCUAAUGUGGUCCUAACCUAUUUCUUUGAUAACCAGUCAUCAGAUUAUCAGAAAAGCCGUUAUUUGUUGUAUCGCAUGCAUGGGUUAGGUACUCUUUUUUAUUUGGACACAUCCGUCGGGACCCCCGGAACCGGUUCCGGAACACUACUGGUUCAGAUAUGGUUUGAUAUUGUUUUCCUGCUAACCGUUCAUCAGGUUAUCGAAAAUGCCGCUGUUUGAUGUGUCGCAUGCAUGGGCUUGGUACUCUUUUAUAUUUGGCCACUUCCGGUGGGACAUCUGAAAGCGGUUCCGGAACACUACCGGUUCAGAUGUGGUCUGAUACUGUUUUCCUGCUAACCGUUCAUCAGAUUAUCGAAAAAAUCCGCUGUUUGAUGUUUCGCAUGCAUGAGUUAUGUUCAAUUUGAUAUUUGGCCACUUCCGGCGGGACACCCAGAACCGAUUCCGGAACACUACCGGUUCAGAUAUGGUCUGAGACUAUUUUCCUGCUCACCGUUCAUUAGAUAAUCGUAAAUGCCGUGGUUUGAUGGGUCGCAUGCAUGGGUUUGGUGCAUGUUCAUGUCUGGCCCCUUCCAGGGGUACCGAUCCGGAACACCUAAAUGGCCAUAACUCCGGAACGGCUGGAGCGAUCCGAACCAUUUUCAAUUGGAAACAAUGGGACCAGAUUCUGCGUCGAAUGAGCCGUUGAUCGUUAAAAUCGGUUGAUAUUUACUAUCUAAAAGUGAGGUGACCUUUUUUUGUACACAUACACACACACAGACAUCAUCUCAACUCGUCGAGCUGAGUCGAUUGGUAUAUGAAACUUGCCCCUCCGGGGACUCUAUCAAAAUUUCAUUUUUGGAGUGAACAUGUAGCCUUUCGGUACACCUUGGUGUACGAGAAAGGCAAAAAAACACGUUAACCCAGUGCUAUGGGGCACCAAUCCAAGUACUGAUCAAGCGCAAAACGGAACAACAGUACGGAUCUGAGUGUGAUACUAACCCGUUAACGCCCAAUGUGUCUGACAAUUUAAAUCUUCAUAAAAAUUUGUUAUCAACAGUCAAGUUUCUAUAAAAUAAACAUGAUUUCACGAAAAAAGGAAGACUGUGGUGUAGUCUCAAAAAAGUCUUCAAUUGGAUCCCAACAUCAUCUGAUCAUUUUUGCAAGCUCUACUUUUUAGCACAACUUUAAUACUUGCGGAGCGGAUCUGGUGUGACGGUUAAAGCACGUGGUUAUCACGCCGUGGACCUGGGAUCGAAUCUCACUCCCGACAAACUCGUAAAAUGUGAGUACUUCCUUCGUACACACUAAACGCUUUCAGAAAUAUUUUGCUAAAUUCUGCCGAGCUGAAGGGUCCAGCAAUUUUUUUUACUGAACUUUCAGAAAAAAUUGCUGAAUUUCAGCAAAACGUUACUGGUGAUCAGCAGAAUUUACUGAACAAAUCAGCAAAGUUUUGCUGAAUUUCAGCAACAUUUUUGCUGAAGCCUUCAGCUCGGCAAAAUUCAGCAAAAUUUUGCUGAAACUCUCGAUCGAUUUUUGGUGUGUAAGGAAAGUAAAGCGUGGGUCCCGAGCUGAAUUAGCCUAGGGCUAAAAAUCUCGUUAAUGCAGAUAAACUUUAAUACUCUCGUUGUAAUCUAAUCCGUAUAGAAGCUAUAAAAUAGAUGCAAUGAAUCUAAAAUGAGUGAAAGAUAGGAUAACUACUCAAAAACAAUAAGAAAAUGACUGACAGAUGGCAUCAUUUUUAACUACCGAUAUCUAUGUGUAUCAAAAAGCCUAUUUCUCUGUGUUUCUCUAUUUUCUUUUACUAUCGCACUCUCAUUAGCUCGAACUAUAUCUAAUAUUCUUUCUCCCUCUGUCGAGAUAACUCAGACAUUUUUCAUAAAUUGCGUAACGUUAUUCAAGGAAGGAAUAGGUCAACAACAGUGCUACGCUUCUUAUUAAAUUUCAAACAUUUCCCUACAGAUUUUCUAAAUCAACCCCUGCAGUAUUCUUUGAAGGAAUGUCGGGAGGAUUCCCUACAUGAAUUCUUGGAGAAAUAUUUAUAAUUCUAAAAGAAAUCCCCGCUGGAAGUUUGACAGGAAUCCCUGAAAGAAUCAAAGAAGAAAUCCAAGAAACAUUUUUUGAAGAAAUCCCUAAAAAACUCGGAAAUAGUUUUUGAAGAAAUCCCAUCAGAAAUUCCGGUAAAAAUUCCUAAUAUAUCCGGGAUUGCAUGAAGAAAUCUUGAAAUUGGAUUUCGACUGUUGGGAGGUGGCUUAGCAGUCUGGAUGGGAAUUAAAAACGAGUUGUUUCAAUCUUUCCCGACGUUUCGAUCUGUUUGGGAUCUUUUUCAAGGGUUCGAUUUGUUACUGUUUUUUUGUCAAACAAUUCGAAUCCUUGAAAGAGAUUCCAAACGGAUAAAAACGUCGGGAAAGAUUUAAACAACUCGUUUUUAAUUCCCAUUAAGACUGCUAAACCAUCUCCUAAAGCUCGAAAUCUCGGAAAAAAAUCAAUAUUCUUUCUUAUUCCUUUCCUGGAAUAAUCCCUUAAUGAAUUACAGCAGGAAAGCCAAAGAGAAUACCUAAAACAAUCCUUGUUAGGAUUUUCUAAAGCAAUCCCUGCAAAAAUUUAUGAAAACAUCCAAGGAGCAAUCCCUACAGAAAUUCCGGAACCUAGCCACCAAGCAAUUUGUUUUGCUGAUGGCUAGGUAUGGGGAGUGUGAGAGUAAGUCUCGGCUUCAUAAAAACAAUUCGCUCUCACUUGUAGUUAUUGGGCACACACGCGAGUGUGUUGUGGAUUGGCAUCUAAGCCAUCUAAGAGAGAUGGGUUUGUGAAAAAGGAGUGUUCACAAUGUGGCUUCGGAGUCAGUUUGGCUUUCUAUUUCGCCAAAUCAUUACCUGUUCUGUGGCUUAGUUGGUUAAAGCAUCGGUCUAGCGAAUACGCAGUCGUGGGUUCGAAUCUCACCAGAACGCGUUCUUUUUUCAUGAAUUUCAUCUCUCAAUUUGUCAAUUAGCAACAUUUCGUGUCAUCUAAUUACAAAUUCUUCCAGUAAGCUCAAAUGGACUUAAAAUCAAAAAGGUUCACCUCAUUAUUUUGAAAACAUUUCUUUAGUUUCAUGAACACCGGACAUAACUAUUUCUCAUAUUUAGUGAAUUUGUUGGGAGCAGUAUUUGAUAUAAAUUUAAUCUACAGCACUUGGUUUGAACAAAGAAUCGAAUGACUUUUCCACUGAAUAAAAAGAAACAAAAUCUCCUCACCAUAUAUACCUAUACGAAUUAAGUAGAAUGAUGUAGUGUUACGAUUGUUCCCGUAUAUUUUUCUCACCUCAAACAAAUAACAGUUCAAUGAAAAAAAAAAAAACAAUAUUUAAACACAUACUAGAAGACAAAAGAAAGACACGUUCAGCAAACUUAUUUGGUAGCGUUUGCAAGCGCCAAAGAGAAAACACAAAGAAAUGAAUACAUACAGUUGCAAAAAAAAAAACAAAAGUUUUCGUAGAAAAUUAACUUGCUUGAAAUAGAACAAACUGUAAAACGAAACAGAAAACAAGAAAAAAUAAACCAUAUAGUCCGUAAGCGAUGUAAAGGUAUGGCAGAAGCAGAAUAAACAAAAACAAAACAGAAAAUAUAUUCAUCAGCUGUGAUCAUUUAAUAAGUAUAACAAAUGAAGACAAAUAUGUGACGUAUGAGAUAAACAUUAAACAAAAUGAGGAGAAAAUUCUCAUAAUGGAGAAUUUCGGAGUAAAUCCUUCUGUUACUACUACUACUAUAGAAACCCGCAACCCAUUGGAGAUGAAUUGACACCAUGAGAUUGACUUGACGUGGUCCGAUUUGUUCGAGUGAGAUGGUGAUGAAGGAUUAAUGCUUAUCUUUUGUUAUUAUUUCCCCGAUUGUUUAAGUAUUUGCGUGAAUGUCAGGGAUUGAUGAAAACUACGGCGAAGUCAAGUGGGAAUAGACUCAAAACAGAUCAGGUGCCCGAUUGCCAAACUACACACGUAUGAAAGAUGAAACCCAAAACCAACACAAUGGAAAGAAGUGGAUCAAGCAGCUAUCGAUAGCGCAACUUAGAUGUAAAACGAACGCGGCGACAGAUUGUAAUGGAAAUGUGACCUAAAUGAUAUGCAAUUGCCAACAACCAGUUUUCUAAUUUGUGAUUUCAACAUCGUACUUGCUCAAAGCUACUUUCCCGAAAAAGAAAAAAAACUAGAACGAAGAUUCGAACGAAAGACAACACUACUGACUAUAUUUGGGUAUGAAAUGAUCUUUUGUACAUAGGACGCUGAAACGAACUCUGAUGUAAAUAUUUUUCUUACAAUUCCUAAUUUGUACGCUGAUUCGGUGAGAUUAGUUAGCCUCUAUGGGAACGAAACGUGGAAUAUGGAUUUGCCUGAUUGGAUGUUGUAGAAAAGCGCGACACAGAAAGAGGAGCACGACUUGAGGAGGACUUUGAUUCGUUGCGUCGGUAAUCGAAAGCCGACGACGGACGGUUUACAAACACACACCAACUGUAAGAAUAGGAAACAGAAAAUCGAGUGCGGUUCGGUCUGAACGGGACGACGUCUAGAGUAAAGUAAAUAAUUAUUUUUGAAAUUGUAACGCUAACUCACUAUAUGAAUAAAAACAAACACUAGAAGAAACAAUUUAUGAAAUUCAAGUAAAGCUCGUUCCAAUCGUAA